AGCAUAGAGGAGGAAGGUCGCCUUUGUUCGCUGAUGGUGUGGGAUACCCACCGAAAUACCUUCAUUUUAUCACAUUUUAUCCCGACUGUAACUCAAUAAAUAUUCAAAGAUGGUAGUGAUGGAAAGAAAUGGGAAUUCUGACACUAACCACCGACCGAACGGAGCGAGUUCGGGAGGAGGCAGUUCCAACAACAGCAACCCCUCUGACGAUAGUUCAAGCAGUUCGGAGGAUGAACACGAACCAGGAAUGCGAGUUGGUGCAGACUACCAGGCAGAAAUCCCUGAAGUGAUUGCAGACAUUCCUGUUGGUCGGCGUGGGGAUAGCAGACAAGAAGCCCUGCUGGUCUGGCUUCCAAAUGGGGAUGUCUCUGAUGCCAAAUGUAAGAAUUUGGAUGAGUACAUUUGCUUGGCCAAAGAACGCUAUGGAUACAACACUGAGCAAGCACUGGGUAUGCUGUUCUGGCAUAAACAUAACGUGGAUAAAUCCCUGGCUGAUCUGCCUAACUUCACGCCAUUCCCUGAUGAGUGGUCAGUGGAGGAUAAGGUGCUCUUUGAACAGGCUUUUAGCUUUCAUGGUAAAAGCUUUCACAGAAUCAGACAAAUGCUGCCAGAUAAGUCAAUCAGCUGCCUCGUAAAGUACUACUACCAAUGGAAGAAAACAAGGACUAGUACAAGUCUAAUGGACAGACAAGCAAGAAAGCUAGCCGCUGGACAAAAAGACAAUGAGAGCGAGGGCUCAGAAACUGAAGAAAAAGUCAAAGAGAAAGAAGAUCAAACUUUUGAUCCAGAGAAAGACUCGAAGAUCGUUCCAGUCGAAGGGGCGACUAAGAGCAUCUGUUCCAACUGUGCCAGUACAGUUAGCCAGCUACACACAACACAAAAAGGAUUGUUAUGCAAUGCCUGCUACAGUUUUUGGAGGCGGACUGGUGUGAUGCGUACUCAUGUUGGCCCAGUACGUAAUGAAAGCAGUAGCCAUCGUCAUCAUCCAUUCCGUACCAAGAAGAAGCCUCCUAAAGGAAUGUAUCUGGACUAUGAAGACUUAAUGGCACUGACUUCAAACCAGGGAGAUGCAAUCUUCAAGGCACUAGACACAGAUAUUGUUAACCUAAAGAGACAGAUCCAGUUGAACAAACAGUUUCUAGGAACACAGAGGGUCAAACUUUUUGACCUGGGUGACUUUAGGUUAACUGAAAACGCUGCUCGCAACAAUUCACGCUGGACAAGUGAAGAGCAACUCCUUGCUGUACAGGCAAUCAGAAAAUACGGGCGCGACUACGACGCUAUCGCUGAUGUUGUAGGAAACAAGAAUGCUGCGCAGUGUCGGAGUUUCAUGGUGAAUUUCCGCCGUCGUUUCAACCUCGAUCAAGUGAUGGAGGAAUGGGAGGCAGAUAAUAAAGCUCAACUCAAAGAAGUCAAGACCAAGGAAGAAGCAGAGCAACAGACAGACAACCCAGCUACAGUGACUACAUCAACCACACAGACAGUGGGUGCCCUGAAUAAUGCACCACCACCACUACUCAGACCAGCAAGCCAAUCCCCAGCCAUUAGACCACCACCUCUACAGGCUCAAAGAUUUGUUCCACCGCCAAGAAUUUCGUUGCAACCACCGCCUCUGAUUCGACCCAGCAAUGCCCAGCCAACAGGCCCUCUAGCACGAAGCCGACCCCCCAUGAUGGGCCCACUGUCAGGACCCCCUCCUCAACUGGUUGGGAGCCAGGCUGAGCCCCCAACACAGUAGGCCAGAACUGCAAGGGAGAAAAAGCAACAACAUAGAGUAAGAAACCAAAGCAAUCUUCCUCCACAGGUAGCUCAUACUAAGUCAACAGCAAGAAACUUGUUUCAUACAGUGCCAUAAUCCAGUUCUGCUCUUAGCUAUUAAAUGUGCAAUUUGGCGCUAGCUUUUGGUGUGUUGGAUAGCAUGUUCUGAUAAGAAGAUUAGAAUGUAGUUGGUGGUGUCAAUGUUGAGUAAUAUUUCAAACUCUACAACUAUACAUGGUUGGAAUACAAUCUGUUUGGGUUUAUGGAAAUAAAUGAGUUAAAGACACUGGACACUAUUGGUAACUGUCAAAGACCAGUCUUCUCACUUGGUGUAUCUCACCAUA